AUGUCUCACUCUUACAUGACCCUUGUGUGUGUCCAGUUCCAGGAGCUCCAGCAGGACCGUGAGAGCCUCCUGACCUCCAACCGCAGCCUGGCAGAGGUCAGCCUGCUGCAGAGGCCGCGGCUCCACACGGGCAGAGGCCGGCUUCACCACAAAUACCAAGAAAUGUCCAACCUGGCAACCUCCUGCUGCGACAAACAGAGCAAGCUGGAGGCUCGUGGGCACAGAGGCAGUGUACAGGGCGCUCGCCUCCUGCUGCAGGAGGAGGUGGCACAUGCAGAGGAGCAGUCUGAGGAGCUGCUGCAGACCUUCAUGGAGGGACACCUGUCUCUGGACGUCUUCCUCGACUCCUUCCAGCAGCAGCGACGCAUCUACCACGUGAGGCGUGCACAGGCAGAGAAGCUGCAGGAGCUGUCUGACACCUCCCAGACCGCCCCCAAUGCGAGCUCCAAACCUCACAGCCCCACAGACCUGCCAGACCCCGCCCCUGCACAGGACUCUGACCCCCCCAGACCCAACGGCUUCCUGCCCCAGGGCCCACUCCGAGUCUUUCAGGUCCGCUACGGUCUGACUCCUGCCAUCCUGGUGCCGCACUGUCCGCUCUCCCCCAGCGCUAACGGGUCAUGUGGCCUGCCCCCCCCUAACCCCCCCUCUGCAGCAGGAGCAGGUGCGGUGCAGGGGUCCGCAGUGCAGGGGCCCUCAGUGCAGGGGCCCCCCAUGGGACUGCGCCUUAUCGGACAGCUGCCUGGAGGCUGGGCGAGCGGGCGGCCGGUCAGAGUGCAGCAGCUGUACCGACCGAACCCCGCCCACACCGAGCCCCCCUGUCGAUAA